UAGAGAUGGACAUGGAAAUUGAGGUAGAGACAGAAACAAAGAAAGUCACAAAUUAAAAGGCAAAGGAAAAUGAAACAGAAGAGAUAGAAACAGAGGUGAAGAGAGACUGAGCCAGAGCCUAAGGCUAAGACUGUAAAAGGAAAGAAGAAGGGGGAAAGAAGGAAAACUGGAAGGAGAAAGACAGAGAGCGAGUCUAAGAGGCAGAGACUCAAAUGAGACACAGGGACAAAGAGAUCGUGAGGCAGACUGAGACACAGACGGAGAGAGGAAGAGACUGCCAGAGAGAGAAGGGCAGGUGGAGAGACUGAAGAGACAGACAAGAAGUCUGAAACAGAGAGACAGGUUUUGGAGGGAGAGACUGAAGGAGAACAAGAGCAGAGCAGAGAUUGCAAGAGGGAGAGGAAUCGAGACUGAGUGAGGGUUUGAAGGCAGAGAAGACCAAGAAGACAAAGGAGGAGGUGAGCAGCAGAGGAGGAGAGGGAAAACCUGGGAUCCAGAGUAGGGGACUCCAGGAGGAAGGCAGGAGAGGCCAAGACCAGGCGCAGGAGGUCGGUGGUGCGCCAGCACCCCCCACCCCUAGUUCCAGGGGCUCAUCUCUGACCCAAAACAAAACCGAAGCCGGUCAUGCUCCCUCCCGUCCCAUGGACAAAGUGAACUCCCAGCCGCCACCCUCUUCGGGACUCACUGGAAUCCCGAGUUCUGCACCCCCAGAGGGGCUGGCAGGGCUGCCCAGGAGAGGGUGCCUCCUGGGGCUACCGGGCGUCGAGGACUGCCAAGCGCAGGACAGGCUGGCACUGUGCCCGCUUUUCCCAAAACGCCCCCGCUCCAACCCGGGAAGCCAGCCUAGCCUGGCCAGGGAGAGGCCCACGACGGCCGGACCGCCCCGCACGGCCCAGCCCGGCCACCCGCCCCCGCCAUCGCCGGGCAGGGAGCUGAGUGGAGCUGCCCUCUGGGGAAUCGCAUCAUUCCAGCCCUGCCGGGAGUGAGGCCGGGUCAGGAUGCCCGGGUCGCAGGAGGAAAAGGAGGAGCUGGACCCAGGACCCGAGGAGAAGAAAAGGGGAAGACCAAGGACGGAGAUAGAAGGCCAGCGGAGGUAGACGGCCCGAGAACAGUCGGCCCGGCGAGACCGGAACCGGAGAAGUCUCGCAGGGAGCCGGCACAAGCAGCGCGGAGGAGAGCGCAGGGGCCGCCCGGGGCGCACCAUGCGCGGGUCCCCCGCCACCCGGCCGGUCUACACGGCCGCCUGGGUCACGUGGCCCGGGCGGGUCCGCUGCGGCACUGGCGGGGGGGCGGGCGCCGGGCCGGGGGCUCGCCGGGCCCGGGGCAGCGGCGAGCCGGCGGUGGCCGCCAGGUUCCCACCCUGCGCGCCGCGCUGCGCCCCGGGCGUGGGAGCCGCCCACUGCUCCCCCGCGCGCGCCCCCCCGCCGCGGGGCGCCCGCCCUCUAUAUAGCGCGCCCCUGCCGGGUCCGUGCCAGGCCGCUAGCCACGCAGUGGGCGCCGCAGAGCGCGCCGCGUCCGGGAGCCAGCCCCCCGCCCCCUGCGCCGCAGCCCCGACGGGCGUCCGCUGCCGCGGCCGCCGCCGCCAGGCCCCCGCGGCCACCAUGAAGAAAGAGGUGUGCUCCGUGGCCUUCCUCAAGGCCGUGUUCGCGGAGUUCCUGGCCACCCUCAUCUUCGUCUUCUUCGGCCUUGGCUCGGCCCUCAAGUGGCCGUCGGCGCUGCCCAGCAUCCUGCAGAUCUCGCUGGCCUUCGGCCUGGCCAUAGGCACCCUGGCCCAGGCCCUGGGACCCGUGAGCGGAGGCCACAUCAACCCCGCCAUCACCCUGGCCCUCCUAGUGGGCAACCAGAUCUCCCUUCUCCGGGCUGUCUUCUAUGUGGUGGCCCAGCUGGUGGGUGCCAUUGCCGGGGCCGGCAUCCUCUAUGGGCUGGCACCAAUCAAUGCCCGUGGCAAUCUGGCCAUCAACGCGCUCAACAACAACACAACACAGGGUCAAGCUAUGGUGGUGGAGCUGAUUCUGACUUUCCAGCUGGCGCUCUGCGUCUUCUCCUCCACGGACUCCCGCCGCACCAGUCCUGUGGGCUCUCCAGCCCUGUCCAUCGGCCUGUCUGUCACACUGGGCCACCUCGUGGGGAUCUACUUCACUGGCUGCUCCAUGAACCCAGCCCGCUCUUUCGGCCCCGCAGUGGUCAUGAAGCGCUUCAGCCCCGCUCACUGGGUUUUCUGGGUAGGGCCCAUUGUGGGGGCCAUCCUGGCUGCCAUCCUCUACUUCUACCUGCUCUUCCCCAACUCCCUGAGCCUGAGCGAGCGCGUGGCCGUCGUCAAGGGCACGUAUGAGCCUGAGGAGGACUGGGAGGAACAGCGAGAGGAGCGAAAGAAGACCAUGGAGCUGACCGCCCGCUGACCAGUGUCAGGCACGGGCCAGACCCUCAGCCCCUGGACCUCAGGGGAAAAAAAAAAAAAAAUAUAUAUAUAUAUAUAUAUAUAUGACAGCAAAGCUUCCUUCCCCCACCGCUGGGUCCUCUGGGCUGGGUUGGAGGUGCUGGCUCCCCCAGCUUCACAGUUAGGGAUGGGAGCAGGAACCCAUGAUGGGACUCGGGCAGGGGCAGGGGCCAGGGACUGGGGCCUGAUGGGGAAGGGUCUCUCUGGGACAGGGCAGACUGCUGCCCUGAGGUCAGACCUCAGAGACUGUGAAAGUACCACCAAGCUUACAGGCUUCCCCGGGGCCAGGCCAGGAAGAGGGGGGGUGGCCUGCAGUGUGCAAGCCCCCACCCUCCUCCACCCCUCCUCAAAAACCGGAGGGGUCCUAGUCCCUAGGACAGCAAAGGCCGCCCCUCCCCAGAUUGCCUUAGGAGGGAGACAGACCGGUUCAUUAAAUGCUGCCUUAUUUAUUUCUGCUCAAGAAUGCACGGGGCAGGGCUGCUGGUGUUUGGGGUAGGGGCUUCCCAAUAAACCACUGACGUUGAA